AUGUCGAAAAUUUUUACACCAACGAAUCAAAUAAGACUAACCAACGUUGCUGUAGUUCGUAUGAAAAAAGCAGGAAAACGAUUUGAAAUUGCUUGUUACAGGAACAAGGUUAUCUCAUGGAGGAAUAAACUAGAAAAAGAUAUUGACGAAGUUUUACAAACUCACACAGUAUUUAUGAAUGUCUCAAAAGGCCAAGUAGCAAAGAAAGAAGAUCUUAUAAAAGCUUUUGGUAUAGAUAAUCACACAGAAAUCUGUAAAGAAAUUCUUACAAAAGGAGAACUUCAGAUUUCUGAUAAAGAGAGGCAUUCUGCUUUAGACUCUAUGUUUAAAGAUAUUGCUACAACUGUUGCUAACAAAUGCAUAAAUCCAGAAAAUAAACGUCCAUAUACAGUAACCAUGAUAGAAAAAGCUAUGAAAGAUAUACAUUUUUCUGUGAAGCCAAAUCGAAAUGCAAAACAACAAGCUUUGGAUGUAAUUCCACAAUUAAAAGCUAUAAUGCCGUUAGAACGAACUCAAAUGAGACUCAAAGUUUCUGUUUCAGAAAAGGAGGCUAAAAAGUUAAAAGACAAAAUAAUAAAAUUAGUAACAAAAUUAGAAACAGAAGAAUGGGAUAACGGAACAUUAAAUUUAGUUUGUUUAAUUGAUCCUGGAUAUUAUAGAGAGAUAAAUGAACUAAUAAGAUCAGAAACUAGGGGUACUGGUUUAUUGGAAUUACUUAAUUUAAAAGAAAUUAUUGAAGGAGAUGAAAUUUUAGAAUAA